GGGGGAGGCGAGGGUUGUAGCCGGAGGAACGAUGGCUGAAGAAGAGGAGGAAGCCAAGCAGCCCGUGCAGCUCUUGCAAGAACUGGUGGACCAGCUCUAUUCGUUUCGGGACCACUACUUUGAGACACAUCCAGUUGAGUAUGCUGGUCAGAAACAUCAGGAUGUUCGAGAAGAAAUGGAGAAGACCCUACACAAGAUGGAGGAAGCAGUAGGCUUUUCCCAAGAAAAGGCCUGGGUUCUUAUGCUGACAGGGAAGGCUCUGAAUGUGACUCCAGACUAUAGUCCUCAGGCUGAGGAGCUUUUGUCGAAGGCUGUGAAGUUGGAGCCUGAGCUGGUGGAAGCCUGGAACCAGCUGGGUGAGGUGUACUGGAAGAAAGGGGAUGUUGCAGCUGCACACACCUGCUUCUCUGGAGCCCUCUCCCAUUACAAGAACAAAGUCUCUCUGCAGAAUUUGUCAAUGGUGCUUCGUCAGCUGCGGGCUGAGACUGGUGAGGAACACUCCCGCCAUGUCAUGGACAGUGUCCGGCAGGCCAAAUUAGCUGUGCAGAUGGAUGUUCAUGAUGGACGUUCGUGGUAUAUCCUAGGGAAUGCAUACCUCUCCCUCUUCUUCAACGCAGGCCAGAACCCUAAGAUUUCCCAACAAGCUCUUAGUGCUUAUGCCCAAGCAGAAAAAGUGGACAGGACUGCCUCCAGCAAUCCAGAUCUCCACCUGAACAGGGCCACGCUAUAUAAAUAUGAAGAAAAUUAUGAGGAGGCCCUGGAAGGCUUCUCUAGAGCUGCAGUGCUGGACCCGGCCUGGCCAGAGCCUCAGCAACGAGAGCAACAGCUCCUGGAAUUCCUAGAUAGAUUGACCAGCCUCCUUGAUAGCAAGGGUAAGGUGAAGGCCAAGAAGUUGCAGAGCAUGCUGGGAAGUCUUCGCCCAGCCCAGUUGGGCCCCUGUGGGGAUGGGCGAUAUCAGGCAGCCUCUGGGCAGAAGAUGGCACUGGAACUAAAGCCACUGAGUACAUUGCAACCUGGCAUAAACAGUGGUACUGUGGUGUUGGGCAAGGUUUUGUUCAGUCUUACCACAGAGGAGAAGGUACCCUUCACAUUUGGCCUGGUGGAUUCUGAGGGGCCCUGUUUUGCAGUGACAGUGUAUAAUAUGGUACAGAGUUGGGGUGUGCUCAUUGGUGACUCUGUGGCUAUCCCUGAGCCCCAUCUCCGGUGCCAUCAAAUCCAGCAUAAAGGAAAGAACUACUCCUUUUCCUGUAUUCGUGUGGAGACACCCCUUUUGUUGGUGGUGAAUGGGAAGCCACAAGGCUCCAGCAGCCAGGCUGCUUCCACUGUGGCAUAUCGACCACAGAGUGAAUGACUCUCAGACUCACAUCCUAAAGAAGUGGGAAUGUGGAGAGAUGUUCCAGGGAAUGAAGAGGCUGGAUUACUCUUACCCAGUGACUCAGAGGGGUGGGCAUGUGUUUGGGUUGGAUUUUUCCUUCUUUUGCCUUAUUACAUAACCUAGCUUCCCUUCCUCCAAUCCUUCUGUUACCCUGUCUCAGCCCCUUUCAGUACCUGCCCCCUUGCCUGGGGUACCACCUGUUACUUUCACAGAUCCCUAUAUUUUGGGCUGAGAUCAUUGGAUAGGUAUGAGUGCUGGGGCUGGGCUAUGGGGGCUGGGUCCCCAAGGUUUCUAUUCGUGAAUCCUCCUGAGCCACAUGUGUAUGUAUAUUAGUUCAAUAUUUAUUGCUAGGGGAAGGGAUGAAAAUUUUUUAUAGUUUGUUUUUUGACAAUGCUUUUUUUAUUUUUUAUUUUAAGUCAAGGCCUUGCCCUUUCUGUGAAGCUGGGGGCAUCAAUUAAAUUCAUUUGGAAAAACAAAACCAAACCCACCUGUAGUUUGUUUAGUUUUAUUUUUCUCCUUUUUCCUGGUCCCACACUAGUUGACACAAUGUCACUUUAGACUAUGAGUAGGGGGACGAGUGGAGAGUAUUAAGGCUUGCCUGGCUGCUUUUGUGGGUUCAGAAUACCUCCAGGCCCCAAUAUUCCCAAACAUACCUUCCUAAGUAACACAGGACUUCUCAGUUACCGUAACCACCUUUCAGUGUUAUCUCCUGCUGCUUUUCAGGCCUCUAGUCUUUGGGAAUCUUUGUGUUUCCCUGUCACCAUCAUAUUCAGAAUUCCCUUGUAGACACAGAAUUAAAUGUGGAACAAACAUUUAACACGAAAGAGAUACAAGAGAAACAAAAGAGCUUUUGAUUUCUUUAGAGCCCAUUGCCUAGUUUUCUUUAGGCUGUGUGUUGAUUGGUAGGUUUGCUCUUGUCCCAGGAGGGAAAGUAGUCCUACUUAGUGUUCCCACACCUCUUCUAUGUUUCCUUUUUCUUUGCUGAUCUAGGGAGUUUUCCAGAUUUGAAAAUUCUACAUAGGGAAGUAAGUGCAUGAGGUCUUUGGGA